CUCCGAUCUCAUCAAUUCAUCUUCAAAAUGGGUCAGGGAAAGAAGGAAGCCAAUCGUCGUGCCAAGGAGACUGGCGAGAAGAAGCCGGGAAAUAUUAGGGUGAAGGGAGAGAACUUUUACCGAGAUGCGAAGAAGGUGGCCAAGGUGAAUAUGUUUAAGGAGGGAAAGGCGGUACGCAAUGCCCAGGGAGAAAUCAUUGAAGCUGCUACGUACCAGUCGAAGGAGAUCCCGAAGGCGCGUGUCCAACCUGACCGUAGGUGGUUCGGUAACACUCGUGUGAUUGCUCAGAACGCGCUGUCGGAGUUCCGUGAGUCUCUCGGCGCAAAGAUCAACGAUCCCUACCAGGUUUUGUUGAAGCAGAAUAAGCUCCCCAUGAGUUUGCUUCAGGAGAACACCAAGGUUCCGCGCGUGCAGAUUGUCGAGACUGAGCCGUUCGCCGACACUUUCGGGCCCAAAGCACAGAGGAAGAAGCCAAAGAUCAUUGCUGGUUCGACGGAGGAGUUGUUUAAGGAUGUUGUGGAUGUCCAGCAGACCUACUCCGAUAAGAAGGAGACGGAGCCUAUCAACGCUCAGGGCAUUGACUGGAUUUCUGAGGCCCGUGAGCCUGUCUUCUCGAAGGGUCAAUCGAAGCGUAUUUGGAACGAGUUGUACAAGGUCAUCGACUCUUCCGACGUGGUGGUUAUGGUUAUCGACGCCAGAGAUCCGAUUGGUACUCGAUGCAAGACUGUGGAGAAGUAUUUGAGAGAGGAGCAGCCGCACAAGCACUUGAUCUUUGUGUUGAACAAGUGUGAUUUGGUUCCUACAUGGGCAGCGGCCAACUGGGUCAAGAUCCUUUCCAAAGAGUAUCCUACGCUUGCUUUCCACGCUUCGAUCACCAACUCUUUCGGUAAAGGUUCGCUGAUUCAACUUCUUCGUCAAUUCUCAUCGCUUCACCAAGACAAGAAGCAAAUCUCCGUUGGAUUCAUUGGUUAUCCCAAUGCUGGUAAAUCCAGUAUCAUUAACACCUUGAAGAAGAAGAAGGUCUGCACGGUCGCUCCUAUUCCUGGAGAGACCAAGGUUUGGCAAUACGUUACCCUCAUGAAGCGUAUCUACCUCAUCGAUUGUCCUGGUGUUGUACCCCCGUCGGCCAGCGAUACUGAGACUGACAUUCUGUUGCGUGGUGUUGUUCGUGUUGAGAAGAUCGAGCACCCUGCUCAGUACAUGCCCGCUGUCCUUGGUCGCUGCAAGCAGCAGCAUUUGGAGCGUACGUACGAUGUUCGUGGCUGGAAAGACUCCACUGAGUUCAUCACUAUGCUUGCAAGGAAGAUGGGUAGGCUAUUGAAUGGUGGUGAGGCAGACGAGAACUCUGUCGCGAAGCUUGUGUUGAAUGACUUCAUGAGGGGUAAGAUCCCAUGGUUCAUUGCGCCGCCCAAGCCUGAGCAGGAUGAGGGUGCUGCUUCUACCGCGAAUGAGGGUGAGACCAAGACCAAGACCGAGACUGCCUCUGCUACUUUCGGUGCAGAGGGUGGUCGUCUUGGGGAGAAGAGGAAGAGAAUCAUUCCUGCUACGUUGGAGAAGGAUGACGAGGAGAUGGAGGAUGCGGAGGAUGAUGAAGAUGAGGAGAUGGAGUCCGGCUCAGACUUGGACGCCGAAGAGGCUUCCGAUGUUGACGAGGAGAUCCUUGUUUUGGCAAGGAAGGCGAAGAAGGCAAAGAGUUCCAAACAGUGAUGUGCUACAUUGAUUGACGAUUUUGGUUCAUGGGUUUCUGGAGUUUUGGAGUUUACUACUAGUUUGGGUAUUGCAAAGCCAUCCGAUCUCGGCUUGCCACUGGAUCUACUGUUUCCAAG